AUCGCGGAUUGGCUGUCGACUAAAGAAUUAACUAGGAGAGUGCUAGGGCUAGGGAAGCAGCGAACAUGCCCACCCACACUAUUCCCAAACCAGAUCCGCCGCUUAUUGCACAGAGAUAAGGAUGCAUACACAGAAACUACGUACAGUACACUACCUAGACAGAAAUCCACCAUUCGAUGAUGAAGAUCUUGAUCCUGAUGCAAAACCCCCAACCCUUUCUAUCCAUUCCAGGCCAUUCAAGGCGGCAAUCAAACCUCAUACUCCCGGGUACCCUUGCCCUGCCUUUCUCCACAGAUCGGGGGCGUCAUUUUCCUGGUGGGCCUUUCUUUGCUUUUCUAGCCUAGGAAAACGUUUACUGGGCCUGGCUGCUUGUCAUUUGCGUGUCUGUCGACCACCUUUCUCCGAACUCCAGUCUUAGCUGUGGCGUCUCUCGUACCGGUAGUCAGAAAAAUGACGAAGCGGAUCACCCCAGAUCUUCGUUGAUGAUAUGCUACAUUACUUCUCGCCUACCAUCGCUCGUCCUCGAUUCCAAAACUGCGUCUACUACGACACACCUUUUGCCACAGUGGUGAGCAUC